AUGCUGAAUCAGAGCGCUCAACUCUCCGACGUAGGUAUUUCUGGACAGCUGACCCAGCAGCCAACGGAACAAGCUUCCGGACGUAGCACCAUUUGCGUGGAUUUCUUUGAUCCGAAGCAGCAAACAUUUCAAAGAUGGCUACAGCGGUUGGAAGGAGCGUUUAAGGUAUUUCGAAUACAAGAGGGACAAGAGAAGGUCGCGUAUCUGUUACAUUUUCUGGACGUAGAAGCAUUUGGAAUCCUGUGCAAUCGACUAGAUCCGGAGGAUCCAUACCAAAGUCCUUACGACACCUUGUUAAAUAAGUUGAAGGAAUAUUAUGCCCCGGAACCAUUAAAGAUAGCGGAAAUUUUCGUUUUUCAGAAACGCGUACACGUGCCAGAAGAAAGCGCUCAAGAAUACAUGGCGGCGUUGCAAAAGCUGUCGCUACACUAUAAGUUCGGGGAAUAUUUAAAGACUGAACUCAGAAACCACGUCGUGUAUGGGCUGCGGAACCAACGGAUUCAAGGACGGUUCGUGGAGACAGCAAACUUGACGAUGGAAUCAACAUUGAAGACAGCCAGCGGGAUGAAGUUGGCGGAGAAGGGCGUAAGUGAGCUAAAAGCGAAGACAGCCGCAGCCGUAGAUUUCGUUGAAGCGGACGCCAGAAGAGUGAAAAAAAAGGACGACGAGGCUAAACACGAGGGACAACAGAAGACGUCCAAACAUGGAAAAAACACGCCUUAUAAGUCAAAACCACAACCGUCUCAUAAUUCGAAAUCUAAUAGCGUUUCUUGUUAUAGGUGUGGACGGAAUCAUCUAGCGCCUGACUGCACCCUUCCUCGACAUGUAAAAUGCCACGAGUGCGACGGACAAGGGCAUUUAUAA